AUGUUAGUUAAUAACGCUUACGUGUGUUUAAUUUAUUUUAUAUCAUCACUCUUACUAACUUUAGCCGGCCGUGAUUUUUAUCAAAUACUUGGUGUGUCGCGAUCGGCAAGCACCAAUGAAAUAAAGAAAGCUUACAGAAAGCUAGCAAAAGCUUUACAUCCAGACAAAAAUCAGGAUGAUCCAGACGCUUCGCAAAAGUUUCAAGACCUUGGCGCAGCAUAUGAGGCCCUUUCCGACCCUGAAAAACGGGAAUUAUAUGAUAGGUGUGGGGAAGAAUGUCUUAAGAAAGACGGCAUGAUGAACAAUAAUGACCCAUUCGCAAGUUUUUUUGGAGAUUUUGGAUUUCAUUUCGGAGGAGAGCCCCAGCACCAUGAGACACCUCGCGGAGCUGAUAUUGUUAUGGAGCUAAUGGUGUCUCUUGAAGAACUUUACAACGGAAAUUUUAUAGAAAUUACACGUAAUAAGCCAGUGAUCAAACCAGCAUCAGGAACUCGUAAAUGUAACUGUCGACAAGAAAUGGUGACCAGAAACUUGGGUCCAGGAAGAUUUCAAAUGAUGCAGCAAACAGUGUGCGAUGAAUGCCCAAAUGUAAAGCUAGUCAAUGAGGAGAGACUUUUAGAGAUUGAGGUUGAAGUUGGUGCACCUGAUAAUCAUAAAACUAGAUUAAGAGGAGAAGGUGAGCCUCACAUGGACGGAGAGCCAGGGGACUUGGUUAUUGUUUUUAAAACGGAAAGACAUCAUCAGUUUAGUAGACGAGGAGAUGAUCUUUAUACCAAUGUCACUAUUUCCUUGCAGGACGCUUUAACUGGUUUCACAUUAGAACUUGUACACCUAGAUGGUCAUAAAGUUACCGUUUCCCGAGACAAAGUUACGUGGGCGGGAGCGCGCGUGCGUAAGAAGGGUGAAGGGAUGCCCAACUUUGAAAAUAACAACCUUCAUGGAAAUCUGUAUGUGACAUUUGAUAUUGAAUUCCCCAAACAGGACUUCUCAGAUGAAGAUAAAGAAGCAUUAAGAAAAAUACUUAAACAGUCACCAAAUAACAAACUUUACAAUGGACUUUAA